CCGCGACGGCCCCGCCGGGCGAUGAGGAGCUGCUUCUGCCUGCGACGGGGGAGCCGCGAUCCGCCGCCCGCCGCCCGGGCAACAGGCCCAGACCUGCUCUUUUUUACUGCCUGCAGCACGAUGUUUGUUCAGACUGGGCACUGUGAAGUGUAAACCCAGGUCCUACUGGCACCAGCACUCACCUCUGCCUUUCUAGAAGCAGAUCAGUCCAUAAUGCCUGAAGUGCGAGACCUCUCAGAUGCCUUGCCUGACUUACCGAUGGAUCCCAUCACGGGGGUCGGUGUGGUUGCAUCCCGGAACCGAGCACCGACAGGUUAUGAUGUAGUUGCACAAACAGCAGAUGGCUUGGAUGCUGACCUCUGGAAAGAUGGCUUAUUUAAAACCAAGGUCACACGAUACCUGUGCUUCACAAGAUCAUUUUCAAAAGAAAAUAGUCAUUUAGGAAAUGUCUUGGUUGAUAUGAAGCUCAUUGAUAUCAAGGACACUUUACCUGUGGGCUUUAUCCCCAUCCAGGAGACCAUCGAUACACAAGAAGUAGCUUUCAGAAAGAAGAGGCUGUGCAUUAAAUUCAUCCCUCGAGAUUCUACAGAGGCAGCGAUCUGUGACAUCAGAAUUCUGGGUAGAUCUAAACAAGCCCCUCCUCAGUACACGUUCAUAGGGGAGUUGAACAACAUGGGUAUUUGGUAUCGGAUGGGCAGAGUUCCACGCAACCAUGAAUCUCCACAGCCUGCCACCCCUCCAUCCCAGGCACCAUCUUCAACACCAGCUCCUAACCUGCCAAGGCACAUCUCGCUGACGCUCCCUGCCAGCUUUCGAGGGAAAGGUCACAGCAGUCGCCUGGACUUGGAGCAUCAGCACUCAAAUUUGUAUGCCAUAUCAGCCAUGGAUGGAGUGCCUUUCAUGAUUUCAGAGAAGUUUGCCUGUGCUCCUGAAGGGAUGCAGCCAGUUGAUCUCUUAGGCAUCACAAUCAAAACCCUUGCAGAAAUUGAAAAGGAGUAUGACUACAGCUUCCGGACGGAGCAGAGCGCUGCAGCCCGCCUGCCACCCAGCCCCACGCGCUGCCCACCGGUCCCGCCAUCCUGAGAGGGCUGCCGGCACUGGAGCAGGCCUGUGCGUGCAUACUACUGAGUGGGAUGCGGCGUCAGGGCCGCCCCGCAGACCCCUGCUCUUCCGGCCACCACCACCCUGUGCUGCACCACCUCCUCCUGCACACGCCGCUCCAUGCCUGGGGACUGCGCAUUCUUCUGGCAGCUGCUCCCCGUCCCCCCUGACUGCUGCGGACACCUCUCCAUGUGAGUACAUGGCUGAGAGCUUGACCGCAGUCCCCUCUUGUCCCCACUUCAUGAUCCCUGCUACAGGACAGUCACAAGAACCAGAGCUGUCACAAACUGCUGCAAACAGUGAGCUGUGAGCUUGCCGACCAUCCAGAAAUGCUCAGCAGCAAGCCUUAACAGUCAAGAAUAGUAGAAGAUACAUCUGGCCGUAGUGGUGCCCUGUCUGCCUCCACCGAGGUCCAGGCACCCCACAGCUCCACCACAGCCAGAUCAACCCCAGACUGGGAUCACAUUUUUGCUGUAGGCUGGCACAAGUGGAGUCAGUCACCCAGAACUGUCUUGAGCUCUGCCCCCAGGCCUUGGUGGGGGUGAGGGGUGCAGAGAGCACAAGUUGCGCUGUAGUUUCCAAGGUGAAGCACCUCUGCUCUGCACAGGGGUCCCUCUGUCCAUCAGGACCUCGAGCAACAAAUAUCCUGUAUUUCUUUCUGGGAUGGAUGCUGGCAGACCCCAGCAGUACCCCGCAGAUCCCUGCCUGAGCAACCUGCCGAGCUGGAGCCCUUCUGACAGUACAGAUGCUGUCAUCUGCCCUAGGCUUUAGGCAGUUUUCUAGUAUCUGCCCCACUAGCUGCUAAAAUGAGAGAUGUGCCUGUUGCUCAUGCAGUGGCGGGAAACACUGAACUCUGGCAUGGUGCAGGGUGAGAGUGGGAUGCAUUAAACCCUGACCUCGGCCUCCAUGUGAUUGCUGACCUUAGCUCGCUCCCCAGUCACAUGCAUGUCUUGGAGAAGUCUGUUGCUGUAAUAAGUUAUUUAGAAGUGCCCGUCUGACUCCAUGCUGCUUUUUCAAGUCUCUGCUGUAGAACAAAGCUACAUCAUGGCAGCAAAAUAGCAAUUUUUAAGUAAGUGUUAAAACGUACAACUUUUUAUAUUGUAAAAUACUGAUUACCUAACCCUAUUGAAAUGCAAUUGCCAUAGCAACAAGUAACAAACAGUGUUGUCGCUCUCAGUCUGGGUCAUAUGUAUGCCCUGACCUGCUUUGCACUGCUUUUGAUUGAUCUUGCGUUUUCUAGUUGGACUGAAUGGUGACUAACAGUAAGUUUUGUACUGUCAGCUUGUAUUUUUUGUUUGUACAUAUGUAAAAUAUUUCUUGUCCAAAGAUGCAUUUCUGGUUUUAAGGCACCAUACUGUACUACCGAGAUAAUGAGCACAAAAUACCAUAACAUUCGGGACAGACCGAUUCAAAGUCUUUGCUUCAGCUUCUUUCAAUCAGGUAAAUCAUUUUCUGUAGCUGCCUCUGUAAAGCAAGGCUGUGCAGUUGGAAAGCAGAGGCCGAUUUGGUUGCAGGUGUGUCAUGUUUGGGCACAAGAAUUAAAACUGUGCCCUUUGCACCAGCUUUGGAGAUGUGGGUGAACCCCUGGAAGUGCUCAUUUAGUUGGAGGUUGCAGCACCAUGUUUAGUUCUUAUUUAUCCUGCAGGAAAGCAAAGCCAGACCUCACUGCCAAGCUUCACAAAGGCUAGAUUGAUGAUGCCGACAUCAACAAAUGAACAUACCAUGGCAGCCUGGUCAUUUGGCUCAGGUUCACUUGAAGUUCAAAUCCACUCCAUGCUGUAGUACUGUGCCCAUCUCAUCCAUCUUCUGUGUUUCUGUGUUUCUGUUUUUCUGCUUGUAGUUUGUUCUGUACUUUUCUGUGGCAUCCAUUUAUAGCUUCUCCUGCGGCUUAGUGGACACCACAGGUAGGUGGAAGCUGCCGGCAGAGAUGUGUUCCUCAUAGCUAUGGGAUGAAGGUGCUGCAGAGAGCUGCCUUGCCCUCCCCUGUUGCUGGUGGAGGAGGAGUGAGGGCUGCAGACUGGUGCAGGGCAGCCAGGGAGGAAGCUGCAGAGCUCCAGGGGCAGUUCCUGAUGCUGGGAGAUGAGAUGAGACUGCCCCUUCUCAAGCCACAUCUCCCCAUGCUGAGGGCUGGGCUGACUGCACCACAGCUGGAGCGCUCAGGGAGGAAUGGGUUUGGAUGCUGCUGAGCCCCGUGUUUAGUGAGGCACUCCCUGGGUAUGCUGGAAAAAUGGGCAUAUUGCAUUGAGUCCUUUCCUGUGAGAUUUGGCUUAGAGAGCAUCAGUAAAUAUUAUUGGUGCUUUAAUAUUUAUAGCAAUAGUUACAUUUGCUCAGCCUUCUCAGAGGUAGUGAGCUUUCUGUUCAGUGACCUACAAGAAACACUGUAUGUCUUGAAAUGCUGACAGGACAAACAGCUGGGACAGGCAGCAGUGAAACCUUCUGGAUGUGUUUAUAUAGUUGGGUCUUACUCUUUCCUCUCUCACACUGGGAUAGCAAAGCUGCUUCCAGGGUGCAUCUGCAAAGAAACUUGAGUUUGGUUUGAUCUUCCCAGUGUGUUUCUGCACUGUGGCAUGGCAGGGAUGCCAUGUGCUGAAGGCGUAAGUAGUACAGAUGCAGUUCUUGUGGUACAAGCACAAUAGAGGUGUUGUGAGCAAAGAGCUGCAGCUGCUGAGCACCAGCUGAGCUCAGACAUGCUACCCAGCAGCUGGAAAACUGAGCAUUUCUGAAAGGAGAGGGCUCAGGGCCAGUGCUUGGAAGUACAGCCAGACACAUGGUGCAGGGUGCUGGACUCUAUGUGUCGCCUUCUCAGUCCACCAAUCAUAGGAAACUUUUUAAUGGCAUCUCUGGAUUUCCAGGAUCUUGGGCAUCAGGUCAGCAUUUCCACAGGCAGGUUUUAUUUGCUGUUCUGUAACUUUUGUACUUAGAGCAACUCAUUGCAAGGCUGGUCCUUGUGUCCUUACAGCAAAGUCCUCCCCAUUGACAUGUACCAUAGCCAGUACCAGCAUCUCUUCUGCAUCUUCCUCCCUCCCUGCCCAAAAAACAACUGUGGUAGCAUUGGCCCAGGCCAUAAAUAUUGAGGGAACCUGAUGCUGACAGCUGGCAAUGGAGAAGCCUUCUGGAGCAUAAGGGGAGGUGAUGAGUCAGUGGAAAGCAACAAAAGUGAAUUUGCAGAGCUUUACCAGAUGUGCUUGGCUACCUUGCCUCUAUUUCUAGAACAAAACUAGUCUCUAGGUAGCUUAAUCUUGUGGCUGCUGGAGAAAUUAGUUUGCCAAAUUAUCAAGUGUCUGCAGCAGAGACAGAAAAGCAGCAGUGCAGGGUUUGCUUACUGUAAAAUACACCUUCUGAUGUGAAUUAGUAGUGACAUGCUGUCUCCCAGAUUUUUCAUGGCAAAGAGUGGGUAGCGUGCUGGGACAACUUGUGGGCCAUCCAGGCCAGGCUGUGCUGUCUACUGUGUUAACAAUGAAAGGCAAGAAACUAGUCCAGAAAGUAAUGUAGAGUGUGAACUUUGUGACAAAAUUCAAAUGUGGACAGUCGUAGCAGGUGUCUUCCUCUUGGGAGCAUCUUGUAGCUGUAGUUUUGUAGGAAUAAACUUUGUCAAACUUUUUCCCUUUGGAUGUGGCCGAGUUUGGCCACGGCAUUUAUAGGAGAGGAUCCCCCGUCGGCCCCCUGUGUCGUACCAAGUAUUGGUAGUCUGUAGCUCUGGGCUUGUUUGGUUUCACACCCUCCCCUACCCCACCACUUUCCUGAGAGGGGAGAGCAGCCCCUGCAGAGCCCUUCCUUCUCCUCCCCAAGGGCUCUCUGCAUGCAGAUAAUUACCUCAGCCUUCCAGCCUUGGCAAACAGCCGGGGACCUGCCGGCAGUCAGUGUGUUAUCCUGAGCCAUCAAACUCCAACAGCACUGGGCAGGGAGGGUGCUCCUCUGCUCACAAAAAAAGCUCAGUAAGGUGCUGCUCAAUUCAUUCAGUACAGGGAAACCAAACAGUUUGGAUAUUCUGGUUGUUUAUUGUGAAAUUGUUUCUUAACAGCAACGGUCAUAAAUGUCAUCAUGCAAAUGGAAAAGAGAAACCUUUUAUGCAGUUGCAAAGUGUUUUUCUAAGAUGCUAUGCAUUUUGUUGGGUUAUUGAAAGUGAAUUUACUGUGCAUUAAUCUUAUGAAUGUUACUACAUUUUAUAUUUAUUUUAGAUGACCCUCCUGUAUUUUACAAAGGGAAGUUUCAUUGUGUGAUAACUUAGUCUGUAUUCUUAAUAUAAUUUGUUAAAUAAAACUUGUUUUAAUCGGUUUA